UCCGCGCUGAUGGGCUCAGCUUUAUCCAGGGCUGUAAUCCCCCUGCUCCUGUAAUUAAAAACUCCGCAUUACAAGGAAAACGGUGUGCAGGGAAAUGUAAUCAAGUCUGGAGGGGCUUAACCAUCUGGUAAAGGUUAGGACCGGCACGGCGGGGGACGCGGUCGGGGGAUUUGGCAGCAGCCGCGAUCUGGGCUCCUCUUAAUCUACCGCGGGGACGAACGCAGCAUCUGUGGGGUAAUACCGGUGCCCCGGGCAGCGAUCGGUCUCGCUGGAGCUCCCACCGCCGUUAACGGGACCUCCCCGAAGGUGGUCCCCUCCCCAGGUGCGUCCGCCUCCGGUAAACAGAUUCUGCUGUGGCCCCGGGACCCGGAUUGCAGCCCCUUGCGGGGACCAGCAAAGAAAGGGUUAAACGACUGCCGGCGGCCGCGGUUCGGCCCCGCAGCUCCGGGCAAGGCCCUCCCCCGCCGCCCCCGGGAGCCCUAAACUCUUUGAAAGUGCGAGAGGCAGGCGAAGGCAAAGGAGGAGGCGGCGGCGCGGGUGCGACUCCUCGUCCCCGGGAUUGCCGCGGGGCCAUGGGGGCCAGGGCAGGCUCCGGGCGGGGGCAGCUCUUCCUCCGCUCCCUCCUCUUCCUCCUGUUGGCCGGGCCCCCGUCGAGCCGCCCGGCGCGGGGGCAGCUGCGCUACGCCGUGCCGGAGGAGCUGGAACACGGAGCCUUCGUGGCCAACCUGGGUGAGGACCUGGGACUCGAUGUGUCCACCCUGUCAGCGCGGAGGUUCCGCAUCGUGUCACGGGCCGGGGCCAGGCAGCACCUGGAGGUGAACCUGGAGAACGGGAUCCUCUUUGUGAACGAGCGCAUUGACCGGGAGGAGGUGUGCGAGGCCGGAGGGACCUGCCUGCUACACCUGCAGCUCCUCGUCGAGAGCCCCCUGGAGCUCUACCGCGUCGAGGUGGAGGUGCUGGACAUCAACGACCACGCACCCACUUUCCCUUGGCAAGAAUACGUGCUGGAGGUGGCCGAGUCUGCCGUGCUCGGUGCCCGCUUCCCACUGGAGAGCGCCCAGGAUCCUGACGUGGGCACCAACUCCGUGCACACCUACCGCCUCAGCCCCAAUGCUUUCUUUUCACUUGAGGUGCAGACACGCAGCGAUGCCAGCAAGUUUGCAGAGCUGGUGCUGGAGCGUGCCCUCGACCGUGAGCAGCAACGUGUGCACCGAGUGCUGCUCACCGCUCUCGACGGCGGCGUCCCUGAGCGCUCAGGCACAGCUCACAUCCUCGUCACGGUGCUGGACGCCAAUGACAACGUGCCUGCCUUUGACCAGCCCUCCUAUGGUGUGAGCCUCCCUGAGGAUGCUCCUGCUGGCACUCUGGUCAUCCAGCUCAAUGCCACUGACCUGGAUGAGGGCCCCAAUGGGGAGAUUGAGUACUCCUUCAGUGGGCACGCACCACCACGUGUCCGGGAGCUCUUCCACGUAGAGCCCCGGAGUGGGCAGGUGCUGCUGAAGGGCCGCCUGGACUACGAGCGGGCCAGCCUCCAUGAGCUCUAUGUGCAAGCCAAGGACCGUGGACCCUCAGCUGUGGCUGUGCACUGCAGGGUGCUUGUGCACCUCCUUGAUGUCAAUGACAAUGCGCCAGAGGUGACCCUCACCUCUGUGUCCACACCUGUGCUGGAGGAUGCCCCUCCGGGCACUGUGAUCGCUGUCAUCAGUGUUCUGGACAGGGACUCAGGGGACAACGGGCGUGUGAGCUGUGAGGUCAGCCCCAAUGUGCCAUUCGAGCUCCGCUCCUCCUUCCGGAACUACUACACGCUGGUCACCACGCAGGCGCUGGACCGGGAGGCCGUGCCCGAGUACAACGUGAGCAUCACAGCACGAGACAUGGGCUCUCCUGCCCUGCUGACCCGCAGCACCCUCACCAUCCCGGUAUCUGACGUGAACGACAAUGCCCCACGCUUCCUCCAGCCCUCCUACAGCGUCUAUGUGAUGGAGAACAACGCACCAGGUGCCUCCAUCUGCUCUGUCAGUGCUUUAGACCCUGACUGCCAACAGAAUGCCUACCUGUCCUACUCCAUUGCCGAUGGGCACAUCCAUGGCAUGCCUGUGGGCACCUACGUGUCCAUCAACUCCGACAGCGGGCACAUGUAUGCCCUGCGCUCCCUCGACUACGAGCAGAUCCGCAGCUUCCAGAUCCAGGUGCAAGCCCAGGACGCGGGGUUUCCCCCACUCAGUGCCAACGUCACCGUCCACAUCUUUGUGUUGGACCAGAAUGACAACGCUCCUGUCAUCGUUUCCCCCAUGCCCCGCAAUGGCUCCGUUGCCACCGAGCUGGUGCCGCGAUCGGCCAGGCCCGGCUACCUCGUGGGCACGGUGUCGGCGGUGGAUGCGGACGCGGGGCUGAACUCUCGCCUCUCCUACCAGCUCCUCCAGGCUACUGACUUCACUCUCUUCAGUGUAGCACCGGACACGGGUGAGCUGCGCACCCUCCGCUCCUUUCUGGAGCAGGAUGCCAGCCGGCAGCAGCUGGUGGUGCAGGUGCGGGAUGGUGGGCAGCCAGCCCUCUCUGCCACCGUGUCCCUCCUGCUUUCGGUGGUGGAGACCAUGCCCCAGACUCUCUCCGACUUCAGCGAGUUCAGCCUCCCUCCAGAGGUCUCCUCAUCUUCCCCACUCACCCUCUAUCUCCUUGUCUCCCUGGGCUCCAUCUCCUUCACCUUCCUUCUCGCCAUCCUCAUCCUCACAGCCAUUCGCUGCCGUGGAGAGCGGCGUUCCCGCCAAGGGGACAGCUGCUCGCCACCUCGCUGCCACUGCUGUCCCGGGUCCAGACCCUCCUCUGAUGGCCUGAAGACUUCCAACCUGACGGCACAGCCCCCUGCAGGGACCACGGCUGCCACCUGCCUUGAUGUGCCUGCGGGCGGCCCCCCAGGCUACUGCUACAAGGUGUGCCUCGGUCCCGAGUCUGCUCAGAGCGACUUCAUGUUCCUCAAACCCUGCAGCCCUCCCCGGAACAACGAGAAGGAUCCCGGGAAGCGGCCCCGGCCAGACCAGCAUCUCCAGGUCUCCAAAGAGGCCAAGCAACCCAACACAGACUGGCUGCCUCCAGGCACACAGAGACCUGCCCUGAAAAGCUCCCAGAGCCUGGAAGAUGUGGGAGAAAUCCGUAGAGCCCUCCAGAAGGAGCACGAGAGGCUGUGCACACUGGUGACCCCUGUCUCUGAGUUUCAGAAGGUUUCAGCAGGCCCCAACAGCGUGUGGACACCCCACUACAGCCCCUUGUACCCAGCCCUGGAUUAUCAGCACAACGUUUACAUCCCUGGCACCCCCACUCUGCUUUCCAGCAAGGAUGGGCCCCUCUUCCCAGGCCGGGAGAACAAAAACAGCUUCUCCACCUUUGGCAAGAGGAAGAAGAUGACAACUUACUGUGACAUGCAUGACAGUGUGGUUAUCAACAACGACCUGAAAUAGCCUGGAUGCCUCUAUCCUUGGAAUCUACUGCAUUAUUUCAGCUGCCAGGUCCACCCACAGCACACGCCCCCAUGUAGGGACCACUCGAGACUUUAUGGGGCUGCUGGGAGAGUGGCUCAACAGAGCAUGUGGGAAGGAUUUAAGGAGAGAGAGACUGAAAAUUACAGGGAUUGGGGGGUGGUGGCAGGGGGAAUUUCUCCCAUCUCAUCUUGCAGAGCUGUAUUGGCAGCAGGUGCUGUUUGAGGUCCAUAUGACCAGAUUUAAGCAUAUCUGCCUUGAGUUUACCCAUUCCCAUGUCCUCUUAGGGACCAUUCAUCUCUGUAAGCAUUGUCACUUCUUUGUCUUGUCUGGCUGUGUGAAUGUACUGAGCUGCAUGCCUGUAUCUCUGUCCCAGUAGGCACAGAAAGUGUAAGCCUGGUUCAGCCAAGCCUGACCUUACACACUGGGACAGCAACCAUUGCUCUGUCCCCGAGAUCCAGCGAGAUGUGUUGCAUGUCUAGAGCAGCAAUUGGUGUCUGUUUUCUCUGGGAAGUGAGUGCAAAACCCAGCCUUCAUGAGUGCUUCUCUUCUUCAAACCCUGACCCACCACUGGCAGGGUUGGGCAUAGCCUGGGUGCAGGGCAGAGACAGCCUUUGUUCCAAGAACAGCUCGUGCACACACGGGCUGGAUGGCCAGAAGAGCUGCCAGCUUACCUGAGAUGAGCCCAUGCUGGGUAGCUCUCUAGCCCAAGGCAACAUCAUCUGAAAGAAAAAGAGUUUCCAGCCUUUGGAGUGACCCCAGCACAGGUGACAGGCUCUUCCCUCCUGCCUGUGCCCUCACUUGGAUCUCUGUUUUACCCAAGUCCUGAAUACCUGGAGGAGCCCCUGGUGCACUGGGGGCCCCACCUGCAUAGGACAAACAUCUCCAAAUGUGCCCUGUUUCUCUUUGAGAACUUUUAGCUCAAGGGCAGGACUCCAGCCCCAGAACAGUCUCUCCCCUGCCUUGUGCACCCUGCACCUGUCCACCAGUCUGUCUGUCACCAUUGCCAAUUGCUCUGGUCAUGGGACAGUUCAUUUUGAAUCCAUCUGUGCAGAACAUGACAGCUCUUUCUAAACUGGGUUUGUUUCACUAUGUCUGAUUUGUACCAAUAAAUUGUAUUUUAAUAGCU